AUGGAGCCUGAUCUUGAAAAGAAGCGGGAGCCCACCUCUCCUUCUGGGUUACUUUCCUCUGAUUAUGGCCAAAUCGUCACAGCUACCAAACCACUUUUUGGUCGGUUUCUCGAUAGUUUCCGUGAGAACAAAAACGCUCGCGUGUCAGAGGUAUUGCUGGACGACAAUGGGAAGCCUCUACCAUAUCAGCCACCUGGUCAACCAGCGUUGGCACACAAGCUCAAAUCACGACACUUACAGAUGAUUGCUAUCGGAGGAUCGAUUGGAACCGGCCUCUUCGUUGGGUCAGGCUCUGCCCUCUCGGUUGGAGGGCCUGCUGCAUUGGUGAUAUCAUACUGUGUCCUGGGCGGCAUGUUGUUCUGUGUUUGUCAUGCACUUGGUGAAAUGGCCAUCAUGUACCCCGUCGCCGGUUCAUUUUCGGCUUACUCGAGUCGAUUCAUCGAUCCCGCGUGGGGAGCAGCUAUGGGAUGGAACUAUGCCAUGCAAUGGCUAGUGACCCUUCCUAUCGAGAUGAUGGCCGCCUCCAUGACCGUGAACUAUUGGCACGGAGCACGAAGCGUCAACCCCAGCGUCUGGGUGACAAUCUUUCUCCUUUCCACCGUGACAAUCAACUUCUUCGGCGUACGAGGCUAUGGUGAAGCAGAGUUCAUCUUCUCAAUCGUCAAAGUCAUCGCCACGCUCGGCUUCAUCUUCUUCGCGCUCAUUGUCGAUGUUGGUGGUGGCCCAACGGGUCAUUACUACGGUGCUAAGACUUGGGACAAUCCUGGUGCUUUCGCAAAUGGUUUCAAAGGCGUGUGCUCCGUCUUUGUGACUGCCGCGUUCUCGUUUGGUGGAACAGAAUUGGUAGGCCUGGCUGCUGCGGAGUCUGAGAAUCCGAGAAAAUCACUACCCAAUGCCAUCAAGCAGGUCUUUUGGCGUGUUGUUCUGUUCUACAUCGUAUCACUAACACUUGUGGGCUGCCUGGUCCGAUACGAUGAUCCCGAUCUCCUCAACAGUGGCAGUACCUCCAACACCUGGACGUCACCCUUUGUCCUCGCCAUCAAGAACGCCGGUGUCAGUGGGCUUCCAUCAGUCUUCAACGCAGUAAUUCUAAUCGCAGUCCUCAGUGUUGGCAAUGCCUCCGUGUACGGCGCGUCCCGCACUCUCGCAGCACUAGCCGACCAAGGACAAGCUCCAAGAAUACUGGGCUAUAUUGACAACGCUGGGCGUCCUCUGGUGUCCAUCAUCCUCGCAUCCUCGCUUGGCUGUCUCUGCUACAUAGUCAACCUAAGCCCAGCAAGGAGACAGGAAGCGUGGAAUUGGAUGUUCGCCGUGUCGGGUUUGGCGUCCAUCUUCACCUGGGGCUCCAUCUGUCUCUGCCACAUCCGUUUCCGGGCGGCGUGGAAACUCCACGGCCACACACUGGACGAGUUGCCGUAUAGGUCCCAAGCAGGCGUCAUAGGUUCAUGGAUUGGAUUCGCCAUCAAUUGUCUCGUGCUCGUCGCGCAAUUCUGGACCGGCUUCGCCCCCGUAGGCUACGCGUCCAUGAGCGGCUCAGAACGCACCAAGAACUUCUUCGAAGUCUACCUGGCCGCACCGGUUGUCAUCGCGUUCUAUAUUUUCUUCAAGUUGUGGAGGAAGACCUGGAAGUUCCACCGUAUCGAGGAUAUUGAUAUUGUCAGUGGUCGUCGUGAGAUCGAUCUGGCGCAGAUUCUCGCCGAUGAGCGCGCUGAGCAGGCUUCUUGGCCUCGGUGGAAGAGAGUUUGGAAGUUGUUCUGCUAG